GAAACCACGUUACUACUUCAUGCUCGCUGUUGGUAUUUUAGACAUAUGCAAAUCAUGCAAACCGUGCGUGAUGAUGAAGCCACACCAUACACCAUAUACAUUACUUGGUGUCUUGAUUUUGACCAAGAAGACUUUAAAAUAUAAACAAAUUAAGUUUGUCCAAAAAAAAAAAAACAAAUUAAGUAAAAUUUCGUCGAGACGUCCACGUGAGCGGCCAAACCGCGUGCCACCACCCCUAGAAUUCAAACAAAACAGAAGUCGCAACUCGCCACCUUCUCCUUCUCUCUCUCUUUAUGUUUCCCUCUAAAAAGAAAGGCCGAUCCUUUCACAAGUUUACAUCUAAAAGUAAUACGUAAAACAGAGAACCCAAAAAAGAGAGAAAUGUGUAGAUCGACUGAUUUCGAGAGGUACGUUGAGAAAGAGAGCUUAAAGGUUAAAGCUUUCUUCGUCCGGUUCACUGGUUUGCCCACCCGAUAUUCUUUACCCGACUCUCUCACUCUUCUCUACCCACCUCGGAUCAACGAAGCUGCUUUCGAGCUCGACGGCUCCAAGGUCCGACCCGAUUCCCCUGCUUUCGUCACACUCCACAGGGUCGUCAAAGGAUGUGACGUCAUUUACGGGUCUAGGGAACGUGUCCGGGUCUGGGAUGGGAUCCGUUUCGAGGUUUACAUGAGUGAGGAGAGGGUCGUCAAAGGUAUCUUCAGAAAAGACGAAGGAGAGAACUGGAAACUUGAGUGCGAGUGCGAGAUGGAGGAUGAAGGAACAGCCGAGGUUGUUGUUGCCGCCGAGGGACACGUCGCCACGGCCACGAUGGCGAGAAAACAUAGACGGAGGAGGAAGCAGAGGAUCGGGUUCGAGUGUCUGGAGGAGAUUCCGGAGGAGAGGGAGGAAGGGAGGGAAUCCGACGGCGGUGUGUGUUUUUGCACGUGCAGCGGCGGCGAAGAAGAAUGUGACGACGGAGAUGGAGAGUGGGAGGAGGUUGAGUGGACGGCUGAGAUGGAGUCUGAGACGGAGGGAAUGGGAUGGGCCGUUGAUUUGGGGAUUUGGGUUAUGUGUUUGGGUGUUGGCUAUUUGGUGUCUAAAGCCUCUACCAAAUCCUUGACAAGUCGGAGAAGAAGAAGAGCAAGAACUUUCUUCUAGAGGAUCUUUCGUUUCUAGUAAUCUCAAUCAGUUUUAACUUAAUUGUAUAAUAACGUUCGAACAUAAUGUAAAGAACACCACGAUUUUGAUU